UCUCAUCGAGUCGAUGAAAAAGAAAAACGAGUUUCGAUUGAACAUUCGAAGCGAACAGUUACCAAGCAGAAAAAUAAAAAGCGUUCCCUUUAAGAACGCUCUACCUGUUACAAAACUAAGUGAUGCAAUCAUAAACCAAAAUGUUUUAAUAAAAAUAAGUGAAGUAUAAAUCAAAAUUUAUACAUUCAUUUGAAUAACUUAAAAUGUGCUAAACUCAGUAUCAGAGCAAUAAAAUUAUACUUAAAUAACCCCAGAACAAUAAACUAACCCUAAUAAACUGAUGUAAUUAGUUGAAAGUUACAAUUACAUAUUAGAUACAUGAACAUAAUACGAUAAAUUACAGUGAUCUGAUUUCAUCUACAAUAAAAGGAAAAGGAAGGAAGCAAAUAAGUCGGAAGAGGUUAAAAUUAUAAUUAUAUUGGCUAUACAUAAAAUUAUAAGGACAGCGUACAAGUGAACAAUCUCGAUAUCAACAAGUGUCGCAACCACCUAAACAAGUUAUUCCUUACAAAUUGACCUUUCAAACCAACUCAACUACAUCCUUUGUUUGGUUCGCUAGUUUUCAUCACAUUUGUAAGAAAUUUUUUAUCUGAUUUUUUUUACCCAUCUCAACGAAAGUCUACAUCACGAUUCCGCCAUACCAUUAGGAGGUCUCUCAAAACGGCGCCUCCCAUGCAGUCAAUGCUAUGUGGAAGAAUAACAAAGUAAAAAUUGGUGAAGUCAGAUAAAGUUCAAAACUACCUCCACUUACCAACCUUGGUUUAACCUCCAAAGUAACCUCAAACACUAUAACAAAAAUCUAUAUUAAACCGAGACUGAAACAAAACAUUUAUUACGAAAAUUACUGUAUAACAUAUCUAGAAUUGGCCUGACUUGUCGAAGCCAUCAAAUUAAGAAGAAGAAGAAGAAGAAAAAGAAAAACAUGCCGCCCUACUUGUUGCGGAUAAUGGAUAAUUAUCUUAGCGACAGUGUUUACUUGGAAUUUGGCAAAGUUUCUUGUCUUAAAUUGCUUUUCCAAAAUGCCGCCAAGUGAAGUUUGGAAUUAUUUUCAAAAAAUAAAUAAAGGAGAUAAGAUGCGUUGCGGAGUGUGCCUCGUAGAAUUAAAAUUCUGUAAAAGCACUUCUUCGUUAUCUAAACACCUACAAACAAUCCAUAAAAUAAAUCUGCUUUCAUUUUCGAAGAAAAGGAAAAGGACAGAAAGUUUUUCGUCAACUGAAAACGAAAAUAACGACAGUAACAGUCAGGAGAGUGAAAAGGAGAUAUCAGUCGUAACUGAAAAAACUAAUGGGCCUCUCGAUCGAUGUUUAGAAAGAACUGCAACUUUUUCUCGUGGAGGUCAACGAUGUGGGGAAGUGAAUGAUGCCUUGCUGUACAUGAUCGCACACGAUAAUGAACCUUUAUCUCUCACAGAGAGAAAAGGAUUUAAACAGUUCGUGAAAAUCCUACAACCCUUGUAUAAACCUCCCUGUCAGAAAACUGUUACGUUGAUGAUGGAGCAGAAAUAUGAAAUUCUCCAACAAAAAUUUUAAAAAAUUCUCCAAACAAAAAACAAUUUAAUUAUUACAACGGAUCUUUGGACGGAAAUAAUGUCUACUAAAAGUUAUCUGGGAUUAACGGUUCACUAUCUUAAUGGAAUCGAAAUAGAAUCUGUGACAAUUGGAGCCAAACCCAUGGCUGAAAGAAAAACAACUGAAAAUUUAUGCGUGAUCUUAAAGGAUCUAAUUUCCGAAUGGAGCAUACAACCUGGCAACGUCAAGGCAGUUUUAACCGACAAUGCGGCUAACAUUGUCAACGCUUGCAAAAUUGUUUUUGGUGAUAACAAGCAUAUCGCAUGCUUUGCCCACUCAUUAAACAUUGUAGCACAAAAUUCCUUAAAUUUAAGGGGUUACGCCACCCUGAACGCAUGAAAAUCGGAUGGUUUUUUAGGAAUUUUUUUGAUAAAACUGUUUCAGGUAGGACUUCUUUACAUUUAUUGAUGCUUUAGUACAUAUAUUGAGCUUUAUAAAUAUUUAAAAAAAAAUUGUUUUUAAUUAAAAAUGGCGGAGAUAUAACUAUUGGCGUGGAUCAAUUUUUCCGGAGCACUCCUUGAUGGUGUACAUGAUUGGCAGUUCAAUUUUUGUCAGAAACAAGUAAAACAAUAUUUUUCUUAAAAAGUGAUAAAUUUUGAACAGAGUGACGAAGCCAUUUUAAAAAAAAAAAUUUUUUACGCAAAUGGAAGCACUUCAAAAAUUGACAUUUUUUUUUGGCUAAAAUUACCGUAUAAAAAAUUGGAUAAAAAAUUUUCAAAUUAUUCAAUCAAAAAAAUCCCACGUCACUCUGUGGAAAAUCUAUUUAGGAAGAUGUAUAUUAAUUUUCAAGUCAAUCGAUUGAAUAGUUUUUGAGUUAUCGUGUACACCGUCUCGAAAAUUGUGGUUUCGAGAAAAACGCAAAAGAAGAAAAAAAUGAACUUUAGUGUAUUAUAACUUGAAAAUUUUUCAAUUUACUAUUUAAUCAGCAAUUCCUGGGCCAUAAUUUUUUUUAUUUAAGAAUGGAAGGGAUACAAUGAAAAGGACCCUUCCUAAAUCAUGAAAGGGCCCCCUAGACCAUUCGAAAAUAGAAAGUCGCUGCUUCCAGCAGCUCUCGGCGCGUCCCCACCGCGCUGACUUCUAAUGACCAUAACUUUUGUAAUUAGUGAGACAUUGUCUUCGGCGACAUCUCAAAAUAUUCGUUAGAAUAUAAACUUUGAAAUUAAGCAAAAAAAAAAAAUAAAUUUUUUUGAAAAUUUCAGGGUGGCGUAACCCCUUAAGGAAAAGCAGCCUUGAAAAUAAUCAGGAUUCAUUGCCCGAAAACAGCGACGACGAUAAUGACCUUUCAGACGACGAUCAGGGGAAUGAAAAUAAUAACAUCAGUUCCCUGAAAACAGUUGUUCGAAAAAUAAAAAAAAUUGUUACUUUUUUUCGCAAAAGUGAUAGAGCAACUGAAGAGCUCAAAGCUUUACAGAGGAAAGAAUGUAAUAGGAAUGAAAACCAGUGCUUAAAACUAAUACAAGAAGUACAAACACGGUGGAAUUCCACAUUCGAUAUGCUCGAUCGAUUUUUGGAACUGUCCGAUUUCAUUGGAAGAGUAUUGUUAAAAGUUUCCAGAGAAAAGUCGACAAGAGGAAAACCCCCAAUGAUGUUGACACCUGAGGAAGAAGAAAUUGCCAUUGAGAUUAGAGAUAUUUUAAAACCUAUGUCUCAAGUAACGAAGGAAAUUUGCUCAGAGAAGUCGGUUACAUUGAGCAAGUGUAUACCACUGAUUUCCCUUCUUCAAAAAAGUAUCAACAAUUACGAAGCAACGCAUCCCGUUUCAUUUAAUUUUAAACAAACAUUGUUAACUAACUUGGAAAAAAGAUUUAGGACAGUAGAAAAUAUUAAAGUAGCUGCAAUGGCAACAAUUCUCGAUCCAAGAUUUAAAAAACUGCAUUUUCAAAAUGCUGUUUCUGCUGCAACUGCUGUUGGCGCCAUUAAUACGAUACUAAAAAAUAGGACCAAAGAAGUUGCCCAAGAUUGUUUGAGAGACGAAAAUCUUAAUAAUAAUGACGUCAACAGCAUAUGGUCAUAUCAUGACCAAUUACAAAGCCAACAAUUAACAAAUGCAGAUUCAGAUAGUGCGGGUGGAAUUGCAAUUGAAAUAAGGCAGUAUUUAAACCGACCGGUAUGUUCUAGAAACACGAACCCUUUCGAAGAGUGGAUUACAAUGAAACCAACGUAUCCGCACUUGUACGAAGUUGCAAUGGAAUAUUUGCCAAUAUUGGCAACUUCGGUUCCAUCCGAAAGACUGUUCUCAAAGGCAGGCCAAAUUAUUACAAAAAGGAGAAAUAGGCUUUCAGGUCAGCACCUGAAUCAAUUAAUAUUUCUUUUAUCAAUAAACUUCGAAAUGUGGAAAAAUUAACGAUACGAAAAGAGUUAGAGUUAAUUUACAUAAAUGUGAAAAACUAGUUAUAUAAAUA